CACGCCUGGGGAAUCGUAGGGAAGAGGAAGCCAGCCGGCUCUCUGUCUGCCUGCUCUAACUUCCUGCUCAGAAAAAGAAAAAGAAGCCAGGAUCCUAUUUCAGUCCAGCAGAGCCGUGUAGCCUAGCUAGACGGCAGUCAGUCAGCAUGGAAAAACAAGGGGUCAUACAAAUUUAAUCAUAAACGUUUUCAAGGAGUGGAAGGAAAGGCAAACAAAAGAUCGCAGGUAUGGACAGUGCCAUCACGUUGUGGCAGUUCCUGUUGCAGCUGCUGUUGGACCAGAGUCACAAGCAUCUGAUCUGCUGGACGUCCACUGACGGGGAGUUUAAACUGCUCAAGUCUGAGGAGGUGGCCAAGCUAUGGGGGCUCCGCAAGAACAAGACUAAUAUGAACUACGACAAGCUGAGCAGAGCCCUGAGAUACUACUAUGACAAGAACAUUAUCAAGAAGGUGAUCGGACAGAAGUUUGUCUACAAGUUUGUCUCGUUCCCGGAAAUCUUAAAGAUGGACCCAGCAGCAGUAGAGAUGGGCUUGGCUUCCGGCCGGGUGACGCUCCACGAGGACCAGGACAUCCAGGACCUGGAUGUAGAGGAGGAAGAGGAGGAGGAGGCGCAGCAGCAGAGGAGGGCCCUGGGGGCAGCGUUGGGGGCGGCUGCGGCGGCCCAGCAGGCUGCGUGUCAUAACAAGUACUUCGGCUCUGGCCUCUACUCCUCCUUCAGCAUCAACGCCCUCCAUUCUCCUCCAGAGGAGCUGCUCCGGGCCCUGAGGGAGAGACAGCAGGACGAGGCCCGCUCUGGAGUCAUCCGAUUUGGGACGGGUACCACCGAGAGGACUCCACCCUCACCGUCCCUCAUCAAGCCAGAGCCUUCAUCACAAUCCUUCAGCACCCACAGGCCAUCCAAACCCUCCGCUCUCCACCAUUACACCCACCACCAACACCAGCGCCACUCCCCGCCCUCCUCCUCCCCCCACAGCCCUAACCCCCAGCCAGGGCUAGGCCGAGGAGGCUGGAGCCCAGAGGCUGAAGAGGAGGAGGGGGAGGACUCUGACCAGGGAGCCCAGCCUCUGAAUCUCUCUUCUGGGCAUAGAGAGAGAGAGCAGGCCCUGCAGCCUCCGGAGAAGAGGACCAGUGGUGGUAGUAGGGUUAGUGGUAGUAGUCAUGGAGACAGUUGUCAUGGACUCCCACCCAAAACCAAUAAGCCCAAAGCCCUAGAGAUCUCCGCCCCCUCCCUGCUCUUGACAGGAAGUGAUAUCGGCUCGAUAGCCCUCAAUAGCCCCGCCCUACCGUCCGGAUCCCUCACCCACGCCUUCUUCACUGCACAGACUCCAUCUGGUCUGGUGCUGGGCCACAGCUCUCUGUUAUCAGGUGUUCACUUCUGGAGCAGCCUAAGUCCCGCAGCCCCUCUGAGUCCGGCCAGGCUUCAAGGACACGGAUCACUGUUUCAGUUCCCCAGCCUAAUGAAUGGACACCUCCCCCUGCCAAACUUGGACGGGUCCCCCUCACCCCUGCUCCUGUCCCCUGCCAAUCACAAGUCAUGAUUCAGGCUCUCAAAACCCAAUCCAGCCCAUUGGACCAACUGCCACCCGCAUCAGCAACUCUUCAUUAUGAAUUCCCAUCAGCCUUCACUUGAUUUUCUUCCAAAUUUGCUUAUGAUUUGGAGUCUCAACCCCCCCCCCCAUCCAUCUCCCCCCCCCCCC